UGCUAACCCCACUUAAGAAGCCGCCACCCACUACCCCAAGGAACUGCGCGCUUAUUAGGAAUUCAGCUGUAUUUUAAUGAGACUGCAGUGUCCGUGCUUACUCUCACGCAGAAAUUUUAGAGCAAGUGAAUUCUUUGCUGAUCUAACUUUGCUGAUUCCGAACCAUGAUCGCUGAAAUCAUUGGCCUUUUAAUUCUUCUUGUGGCUGUUUAUAUCGCGUCCACAAUUUGGCAACUCCGAUGUUUUCCACCUGGUCCUUUCCCGCUACCUCUGGUUGGGAAUCUUCUUUCGAUCGAACAAAACAGACCUUAUGCAGCUUUAGCAAACAUGGCGAAAAAGUAUGGAAAAUUGGUCCGAAUCCACAUGGGGAGAAGAAAAGUUAUUGUGAUCAAUAGUUACGAAAUUGCAAGAGAAGCGCUUGUCACAAAAGCAGAGGAUUUUGCCGGACGACCUCGACAUUUCUUCGGUAACAUUUUUGGUCGAGAUUGUACAGAUAUUGUGUUCCAAACUUUUAACAAGACAUGGAAGAAGCAGCAUAAACUUGCUUUAUCAGCUCUGCGACUAGCCGAGGCAAAAGCCAACAUGACUGAUCAUGCAGAAAGGUUAUGCAUCAGAUUUCAGUCCUUUGAUGGAAAGCCAUUUUAUCCUCACGAUUUAGUUUUAAAUUCUUUAGCCAAUUGCCUCUCGUCUCUAAUUUUUGGCGAAGAACACAAACUUGAUGAUUGUGAAAUAAAAAAGCUUGUGAACGCCACUCAUGUUUUUCGUAAUUCUCUGGGUGCUGCUAAUUUGCUCGACACUUUCCCAGUGUUGAAGUAUAUUCCAUUUAACAUCAUCAAGAAAGCAAAGCGCGCUGGUGAAAUCCGCGAUGAAAUUUUUGAAAGGAAAUUUGGGGAACAUGUUUCGACCUAUCAAGAGGAUAAUAUCCGUGAUUUGAUGGAUGCCAUGCUGAAGGGCUUCCACGAAAUGGCCGACGAUGGUUUGGUUACAAAGAAGCAUGUGAUUUCAAGCGCAUCUGAUUUCUUUUUUCCUGGCACUGAAACUCCCUCCAGUGUUAUCACGUGGGCCCUAUAUUACGCCAUUAAAUACCCGGAUGUGCAGGCCAAGCUUCAUUGUCAGUUGGAUUACGUCAUGGGCAGCACAAAUCGCCUGCCGGAAAUUUCUGACAAACCAAAUUUGCCUUAUUUAAAUGCAUUUAUCACCGAGGUUCUCCGUAUUGUGAGUGAAACUCCACUCGCCGUUCCCCACUCAACAACUCGGGACACGUCCCUCGCUGGAUUUAAGAUCCCUCGGGACACGACUGUGUUUCUUAAUCUCUGGGCCAUACACCAUGAUCCCGAUAUCUGGGUCGACCCAUUCAGCUUCCGCCCAGAGCGCUUCUUGGACGAAAACGGCCAACUGCACGUGCAAGGCGUCAUGUCAUUUUCAGCAGGAAAACGGUCAUGCACAGGAGAGUCUUUUGCGAGGAAAGCAGUUUUCUUGUAUCUUGCCCGAUUGUUAAGCAGAUUCAGAUUUGAGUGCCUCGAGGGAACAACAUUACCUAAAGAAGAAGAAAGCGUGUUCGGAGUCGUGCUUGAUUGUAAGCCCUUCCAGAUGCAUGCCAUACCCAGAGACAAGGACGAAAAGUAACGAGAGAAAAAUCAGUUCGAGUCUGAAAGAAAGUGUGUACAGGAAUAUUAUUUCCCUUUUAUCCGUUAGUGUUAGAAAUUGAACAGAUUUAGCAAUCGCGGCAAGAGAUCGCCAAUAAGAACAUAGCAAUGUACCUUAGCCUGGGCACAAGUAUUUCUAACAAACCGAUAGACAAAUAGUUUGCAGUCAGUCGGUGGAGGCAAGCGAAAAAUCUUGUGGGUGAAGAAUGACGUUGCCCAGACAUUCGCCUAUCAUCUCUAGUAGGCCAUGUCGCUUGAUAGCCUGGGCACAAGGCUGGGCAAGAUUGGGCACAAGCACGUGCUGCGCUAAAACUUGCCUGCACUGUUUAGUUGCGUUAUAUCUACAGAAAAUAACGGCAGACGUCAGCUAUUUUGUAGCAGGGACGUCACACCUACAGACAAUAACCUUAAAUGUGUGUUGAUAUGAAGAAAUGACGUCAUACCGGCACACACCAGCGUUAAAUUUGUACAGUUCAUGAGGAAGUGACAUCGUACCGACAGGCCAUAGUCUUCAUAUAUGAAGAUGCGACGUCUCGCAUAUGGACCCGAUAUUUAUUGUUUUAAAGUGACGUCAUAACUAGAGACGGCAGUUUCUAUACAUUUCGAAGCGACGACUUAACAAAAAGAUUUUAUGUUAUAGUGCGUCUGUUAGUAAUAGAUCACAUAUGAUGUCAAAGUAGGAACAAAAAAGUGUUACUGAUGUUCUUAAAACAUCUUCACGUCUUCUUUGAUCUUUGAUGAACAGGCGCAGGGCAACACGAAUCUAUUUGUUUUUCUGUAACAAAAAUGCAAAAUUUUGUCAGACGUCAUCUAUGCGUCUAACUGCCAAUAGGUUAUGAGUAAGAACCAGUAAAAACAUAAUGCAUGUAGAAUUCAGUUUUUCAUUGAGAUACAGUGUACCUUUUGACAAUAACGUUUAAGCAUACAUCACAAAGCAAUUAUUUGCAAAGGUACCAGUUGAACUACCAGUAAAGUUCGGUAGCUCUCUUUGGAUCUUUUGGCAUAUCGAUGUGAGACCAUGUAAUUCUUUCCAACAGUCCCACCUACCAUUAUAGAGACUAUAAUGUACAUGCUGGGCGGAUGCAAAACCAUCCUGCGGUUCCUUUCAUGCUAAGGGCUUUCGCGCAGUAUUCAUAAUUUUCAGUUAGCUUGCUGUGCUCUGGAAAAAAAAAAAAAAGAAAAAAAAAGGUAUCCGAAAAGCUAACAGUAGUUCGUUUGUAUUUUAAAAACACAGAUAAUUAAGAAAGGAGCUGGAUGCCAAGGUUUUAUCAACCUUAUUAGUAUUAGGACUGUGUAUAAAGACAAGAACUGUUUUCUUAAAAACUGUGUUCUUACUUAACAUUGACGAAAAGUGAACCUUGAACUAUUAAUAUGCCCUAGAAGGUUCUUAGAUUGCAGCAUCUCCUAUUCCUACUUAACAAUUCCUGGAUGCCUUGUUGAGCAGAGGUCAUUUUUUCAUGGAUUACAAUACCCUAUAGAAGUCUACAAUGAUUGUACAUGUAAGACUUACCUUAACAGUCUGAAUGCCUUUUUUUUAUAAGAUAUCAUAAAAAAGGGUCUCAUUGUUAUUAACCAUUAGCCGUAAAACGGCAAAGAGAUAGCCGCUUGACGUAAACGCUAAUUCUAUCUCUACGCCUCUGCAGACUGUCUACAUUCUUCCGGCCUACUUUACUAUGCAAGCUCUAAAGAACAUGCUUGUAUGUUCCCUAUCAAUAGAUAUGGGUGGGUGGCCAGCUGGCUGACCUCAGUUAGGAAAUUAAACAUUUGUCGUUAGAACACUGACCCGAACAAUUUCACGAGACCUUUGAAAUGAUCAACAGAUUAACUAAUUAUUCAGGUAACCUGUAUCAACCUGUGACUGCGUUAGCCAAAACAAGAACUUUCGUGUGGGUCCAAAGGAAGGUCAGUAAACACAUACACUUGAAAGUUAAAGAAGACUGUCACAUUUCAAGGAAACUCAACACGUUAGCUCAAACCCAAAACACUUCAGACUUUCAAUUCAUAAAAGCAAUUACAUUCUAAAUGUAAACGAUUGACUAAAUCAUACUGAACUGACCAACUAACUGACUCACUGAAUUAACUUAUACUUCGUAAUAAAAUGGCAAAAUUUUAACC